UUUGUCAAUGACAGACUUGUUGACAGAGAUGACGCCGAUUGGAAAGAUGAAGUCCAACAAAAGUUCUUAGAAUGCAAAGAAGGCACAUGCGCUGUUCUUGAAGAUGAAAUAGAAAACAGAAUAGAAGAGCUAUUAAAGGACAAAGAACUUUUACAUAAAUAUGGUUGCGCCAAAUUUGACAUAACUCCACCAGAGAAGAAGAAGAAGAGAGAAAAGAAAGAAAAGAAAGUAGAAGAAGAGAAGAAAGAACCUGAACCAGUUCCAGAGAAAAAGAAAUUUGACAUGUAA